AUGCUGAGUCAGCUGGGCAUCAUCCUGCCUUCUGCGAGCCACCCCAGCCAGGGUGUCGCCGGACCGCAAGGGCCCUCAGAGGGGGAGCAACGCCCGCAGGGAUCGCAAAGCGCGAUAAGCGGCACGCCAGGGCCGCAGGGCGCAAGGCGUUUACGGGCUGCGGGGCGUGACCAACGCUGCGAUGGGUUGCAGUCGGGCGGAUUCGUGCCCACCAUCACCCGCUCGACGCCGGGCGUAAACACCGGCGUCAACACCCUGUGCUAUCGCGUGACAAAUCCCACGCUCCCCGGCCAGGGCAAUGCCGUCGUCAAGGGCUUCUUUGGGCUGGACACUGGCUCCGCUACGCAGACGGACCCGGCCGUGCCGGUCUUUGUGCAGUUCACCCUGCUCUGCCGCCCCUGCCCGUGGGCUAGUCUGGCUUUCGUGUGUCGCGACUCUGGUCAGCAUCGCCGCUGGCUCUACGGCGCAGCAGAUAUGGACAGCGCAGGAGUGAAGAGCCCGCAAAGUUCAGAGGACUCAACUGACCCUUGGCCCAAGCGUCGUGGCACGUCUCUUUGUGGGGUGGUCCUGGGGGAGGCUUCGUGCGAGCGGUCCGAUGACCAGUUGGCGCUGUCCCUGGCUGAUAUGGCUGCACGCGCCCAGCAGCUUCUGUUCGGCAGGCCAGUCCUUUUGGCCAUGGGCCUGCCCUGCUCCGGGCUGAAAGCUUUCUGGAAGGUGGAGCACAUCAAGAGAGAGCAAGAAAAUGGUUGGAAACCGGUCGAGUCGUGGGACAGUAUACCUGCCAUGCACGACCACUUCUGCGCCCGGCUCAAGGUGGAAGCGGCCAAGUCGCUGGGUUGUACUGUCCAGUGGGAUCGCACCUUCAAGACCAACUCAGAUCCCCUCUACUGUUCCUUCGUUCGUGUCAGAUGA